CCUUUCUCUCAAUUCUCAUCACUCAGAAUUCACAUUCUCUGAUUUACACCUUACUCAAUCUUAUCAAACCUUCUGUGAGAAAUCCAUGGCCAAGGGUGAGAAGAAACCCGCAGAGAAAAAACCUGCAGAGAAGGCUCCUGCUGAGAAAACGAAGGCUGAGAAGAAGAUUCCGAAGGAUGCUACCUCCGGAGACAAGAAGAAGAAGAGAAAAGCAAAGAGUGUCGAGACCUACAAAAUCUACAUUUUCAAAGUCCUCAAGCAAGUUCACCCUGACAUUGGGAUCUCCAGCAAGGCCAUGGGGAUCAUGAACAGCUUCAUCAAUGACAUCUUUGAGAAGCUCGCUCAGGAGUCUUCUAGACUUGCUCGCUACAAUAAAAAACCCACCAUCACUUCCCGAGAAAUCCAGACCGCCGUGCGUCUUGUUCUCCCUGGCGAACUUGCCAAGCACGCAGUCUCCGAAGGCACCAAGGCUGUUACCAAAUUCACUAGCUCUUGAAUCUGUCUCUAAUUUUUAGGGUUUUUAUGAUGUAUACUUUUGGAUAGUGUUGGUGUGAUGUAGUUCUUCGAGGAAAUACAAUUACAUUUCUCUGAUUUUAUA